CAACAAACUACUUCAGCUUUACCACACUUUUCCUUUAUUAACGCAGCGCGCUUCUUGUGGAGUUAAACAAUCUGGUGAUAGCUUACGCAGAGGUGAACAUGUCGCAGAACGGUACACCCAGCUCACAGACCAAUGCCACAGGUCCAUCGUCGUCGCAGGGAAGCGCUCAGACACAGACAUCGGCACAGCAGAGUCACCAAAAUCAACAGGGACAACAGGGACAACCGAAUCAGGCCAAUGCUCAAGCGCGCCGUCAAGGGAAUACGUUCUCACCGGCGGACCUGAACAGGAUCGUUCUGGAGUAUCUAAACAAGAAGGGAUACCUCAAGACCGAGGCCAUGUUGCGCGUGGAGAGCUCACAUGUUCCAACACAACCGUUGCCUAACGUGGCUGGGAAUGCGUCUCGUCAACCAGUGACAGAUGAGUCCUCGGUAGCGAACGUGGAGAAGCUCGAGCCGGCGGUAUAUGUAAGGGGUUACUCGAUGUUGAAAGCCUGGGUUGAAAGUUCUUUGGAUAUCUACAGACCAGAAUUGUUUAGAGUGCUAUACCCAUUGUUUGUCCAUGCGUUCUUGGACUUGGUACGCAAGGACCCAAGCUCUGCAAGAAAGUUUUUUGACCGUUUCAAAUCGGAUCAUGAGAUCUUGCAUGGAAGUGAAGUCAGCAAACUAUCGGCCAUUGGAACUGCUGAACACUUGGAGGAGAAUGAGUUGGCCAAACUGUACAGAGAUAACAGCUAUGUGUUGCACAUAUCUCGCACUGCUCUAAAUCUACUUCUCUAUUUCCUUCAUGAAAAUGAGGCCGUGGGUGGAUCAGUGAUGAUCAGCUUAAUCAACAGAUACAUCACACCGGUGAUCACCAAUGAAUCCCUUGCGAAUGCUGGAGAAGGUGCCCUAGAUGACGGUAUUAAGGGAUUGCAAAAGACUGAUGAGGUAUCCAAGUUUAACAGUCAGGAAGUCAAACUCGGGAAGAUGCCGAUGGAUCCAGAGUUUGCAAAAGAAGUUGAAACAGAACUUCAAAAGAAGGAUGAAAAAUCUAAAGGUGAAGAAUUAUUAGUUCCGGAGUUUCUGGAGAUGACCAAAGCAGAUUCUGAUUCACCAUCUCGAGAUGUUCUCCCACUCCCACAAAAGAGCGCCUUGGACUUGAAGAGGGAGAUCCAGGCUGUUCGUGAUUCUCGUGAUAAGAUUAAGUUGGAUACGAUUCAAGCUGCUGCACCUAGUGUGUGUAUGUAUACUUUCCACAAUACCAAUAACGAAUUGACGACACUUGAGUUUAACGAGGACUCUACAAUGAUUGCUGGUGGAUUCCAAGACAGUUACAUCAGAUUAUGGUCUAUUGAUGGGUCUCCGUUACAAUCUGUGUUGAAAAGUGAUAAGCACAACCAUGAGAAUACCAGAAAGCUGAUUGGUCACAGUGGUUCCGUUUAUGGGCUGUCUUUCAGUCCUGAUAACCGUUAUUUGCUUUCUUGUUCUGAAGACAAAACUACGAGACUCUGGUCAUUGGACACGUAUACUGCUUUGGUGUCUUAUAAGGGGCAUAACCAUCCAAUCUGGGAUGUUAAGUUCUCACCUUUGGGUCACUACUUUGCAACUGCUUCCCAUGACCACACUGCAAGACUCUGGAGCACAGAUCAUAUCUACCCACUUAGAAUAUUUGCUGGACACUUGAACGAUGUUGAUACUGUUGAAUUCCAUCCAAACUCUACAUAUGUCUUCACAGGAUCUGCAGAUAAAACGUGCCGUAUGUGGGACGUUUCAAGAGGUAACAGUGUAAGGAUCUUCAAUGGACAUACUGGGGCUGUCAACGCAAUGGCCGUCUCUCCAGAUGGCCGUUGGCUGGCAAGUGCUGGCGAGGAUUCCAUCAUUAACAUCUGGGAUAUCGGUUCUGGACGUCGUCUGAAGACCAUGAGAGGUCAUGGACGCUCAUCUAUCUACUCCCUUGCGUUCUCUCAAGAGGGCUCAAUACUUGUCUCUGGUGCUGCUGAUAACACGGUCCGUGUCUGGGAUAUCAAGAGAAACACUAACGAAGCUGGGCCUCUACCGGAGCCUUUCCCUAUGAAUGAUGAUCCAACUACCUCUGUUAACGCUGGUGGUAAGGACAAAGAGGAUGCGAGACGCCGUAAGGAGAUUGUUGCCACGACUGAUCAUUUGGCUGCGUUCUUUACAAAGAGAAGUCCUGUUUAUAAAGUUCACUUCACCAGGGGGAACUUGUGCCUUGCUGCUGGUAUAUUCCGUGGCUAAGAGUACAAGGCCUCGUACGAAGCAGAACACGACAAGAGAAAGAAACCAUGUAUGUUUAUUUUACACUGCAACUAAUCUGUUCCAUUAAGUAUUGGUUUGGCGAUAUCCCAUGGCCCCUGUAGUUCAUUCUUGUACUUCUGCAGUAGGAUGAAGUAUAUAGGGCAGAAUACCAGUAUUGUAGAGUGCAAAAUACACCAGAUGAGC